AUGAUUUGUUGUGAAGGUGUAAAAUCAAAUGACAUUGAAAACAUAAAUGAUAUUGAAGACGAAGAUAACUUAAACAUCAUCAUCAGUGACCAAGGUAUGGAAAUAAAAUAUCUGAAAACCAUAAUACAUGACAAAGAAGAUAUAAUAAAACAACUGAAAGAUAAAGUAAAUUUGCUUGAAGAAAAAAUAAAUUUUAUAAAUAUAAUACAAAACCAAACAAAUAAAGAAAACAUUAAUAAUAAAGAAAUACAGGCGCCGCCUAGUACGGAAAAGCAAAACAACAAUAAAGCAUCGAAAGAUUCCUAUGAUAAAAACAAUCAAGGCAGCACCUCAAAAAAAACAACCAAAACAACAGUAAACAAAGCGGCUGACAAUAACCAAGAAAACUUAAAUAAACAAACGCAAGUCGUAGAAAAUAGUAAAAUAAACAAUGCAGAUGGAAAAAAUCUAGAGAAAGAAAACCAACAAUUGGAAACCAUGAACAACGAUGAUGGAAAGUGGGAAAAAGUAGAGAAAAAAGGCAAGAAAAAGACAAAUACUACCAUUAGAGGUUCAGCAACGAAUGAUGAAGAAUUUAAGGGCGCAGCAAGAAGGGGAUGGUUGUUCGUGGGUAAAGCCAGACCUGAAACCACUAAUAGCCAAAUUAAAACUUAUUUGCAAAAAAGAUAUCCAAAUGAAGAAUUUUUAGUUGAAGAAGUAAAAAAGCAUGAAACAAAUCUAAGCAAAAACAAAUCCUUUAAAUUGGCAUGGAAUAUUCACUGUUAGAAAAAAUAAACAAUCCUGAAGUAUGGCCUCAAAAUGUUAUAGUCCAAAAGUACAAGUUUUUUCGUAACCAAGGUAACAAGCCAGACUUCAUAUGCAAAU